AUGGUAAAAGUGGUCAUUCUGCACCCGGAUCUCGGAAUCGGCGGCGCCGAGCGGCUGAUUGUCGACGCGGCGGUCGCGUUGCAGGAAAGAGGAUAUUCUGUACGUGUCGUCACCAAUCAGUACAAUCCGAAUCACUGUUUUCGGGAGACCAACGAUUUAGGUAAGAAAAUGGAAAUUUUAGACAGUGAAAUCGUGUUUUUCUGUGAAAAACGCGGGUCUUGCCACGAAAACCUCUAAUUUCCAUUGUAGACAUCACGACAGUCGUCCAAUGGAUGCCGCGAUCAAUAUUCGGAAAAGCGCACGCGCUGCUCGCCUACCUUAAAAUGAUCAUCGCCGCACUCUACAUCGUCUGGAAGUUUCCCGAUUCGAAUGUGAUCCUGUCGGACACCGUCUCCGCCAGCCAGCUUGUUCUCCGUCAUUUCUCGCGCGCCAAACUCAUCUUCUACUGUCAUUUUCCUGAUAAAUUGCUUACAAAACGAGACGGCGCCGCGAAGGCACUUUAUAGGUAUGUACGACGGUGGCCGGCGGAAGUACGCAAUCUCAGUGUCUUCAGACGGAUUAUCGAUUCGAUUGAGGAGCACACGACCGGUCUGGCGCACGCGAUUUGUGUGAACAGUCAUUUUACGGAGAACGUCGUUCGCAGCGCGUUCCCGUCGCUCAACACCCACGAGCUCAACGUGCUCUAUCCGUCGCUCAACACCAAGUUCUUCGACGGAAUACCGUACUCGGAAGACAUCAACGCCGAGAUUCCCGCCUCGGCCACGUUCGUCUUCACCUCGUUGAACCGAUUCGAACGCAAGAAGAAUGUGAUGUUGGCGCUCGACGCGUUCGGUUAGUAGUUACGCAAAAUUUAAUUACGCCUCCUUCAUUUUUCCGCACUUUUUUUCCUGAUUAUCCGUCAAAACGCGGAGAAAUUGUCUGGAGAAAUGCAGGGAGGCACCGAGUUACAUUUCAGCAAAACUGCGAGAACAGGUGUCGGCGGACGAGUUUUCCAAGUGUCAUUUGGUAAUCGCCGGCGGAUACGAUCGGAAGAAUCGCGAGAACAUUGAGCAUUUCGAAGAGCUCGCCGCGCAUCUGUCCGACCUCAAUCUGCCCGUUUCCCAAGUCAAUUUUCUGAAAUCGCCGUCCGAUUCGCAGAAAAUCAAUCUGAUCCGACGGAGCCGAGCGAUUCUGUACACUCCGGAUCGCGAGCAUUUCGGAAUUGUGCCCGUUGAGGCCAUGUACUUGGGAACGCCCGUCAUCGCCGUCAAUACUGGAGGUAUACGAUUUUUGUGGUUUUACACCCAAAUUUUUGUAGGACCACGAGAAUCGGUGCGCGACGACGAGACCGGAUAUCUGGUGCCCCAGACGGCCGAAGCGUUCGCCGAAAAAAUGAGGGAGUUGAUGGAAAACGAGGAGAAAUACUUGAAACUGAGCAAGGAGGGACCGAGAUGGGUGCAGUACAAGUUCUCGUUCAAGGCGUUUGCCCGGAAUUUGGAUAAAAUCGUUCAAAAUGCGCUUUUGUUGUAA